AUCUUGGCCCACGGUCCCAGUAUCCCAGCCCGCUAGAGAAGGGGACCACGUGAGCGAGAUAGCGUACCAACAGCGACAGCAACGAGAGAGAAAAAAAAAGAAAAAGAUGGCGGCCGACUCAACCUCGACACCGUCCUCGGAGAAUGCCAUCUCGGUCGCGGAGCAGCUCGAGCAGCUCGGGGCGGCGCGCAAGCUGGUGCUCGAGAACCCGACCUACUACGACCGCAUCGUCAAGGGCGUGCUGCCCAUCAUCGGGCCGGCCGCGCCCGUCGAGCUGCGCCGAUGGGGCGCCGACUUCCUGGCCGAGUCGCUCGCCACGCCCGUGUUGACCAUGCGCGAGAAGGAGAACAUCACGGUGGCCGUGCUCGACACGCUACGCAGCCUGCUCGACCACGCCGGGGAGGACGCCAUCGUGCUCAAGUCGAGCAUCGUGGCUGCUGCGAGCGCGUAUCCCGUCGCGCUGAGGUGGAUCGUUCAUAAUUCUUACCAUACCGAGAGUUGGGAACAGAUGUCGGCCAUCAAGUCAAGGAUAUUGAGCAUCUGGGACGGAGCACCAGCACCGGUCAAGCUGAGUUGCAUCAAAUUCGCCCAACGAGUCGUGCUUGCGCAGACAGUAUCGAACGGCAUGGAGCAGAAGUAUGGAGGACUCGACAUUUCCCUGAACAUGAUUCCGGCGAACCACCCAUUGCUAGAUCCCAGGCAACUGGAGGCAGAGGCAACUGGGCUCCUGGACAGGAUGCUUGGAGUAUUACAGGACAAUAGCAGCGACGCUCUGCUUGUGGACGCCACCAUCAACUGUCUCUCGAUUCUAGCGCGGACCAGGCCAAAUACAUCAAACCGCAUCCUCAACACGGUGCUCAACUUCAACCCCCUGAAGUUGGCUAAUUCACCAAUGACACCAAAGACGAGAGUCUUGGUCAAGUCUUUGGAGAAGACCACCCGCAUGUUUCUGACACACCUUCUUAGGAGGGACCCCAAUAACGCCAUGUCAGGGCGCAUUCAGCAAUAUCUCGAAAGGCUAAUGCGGUCGCGGGCCGAGAUCUUCGACGAAGCUGGUCGCAAAAGAGCGUUGAUCGACCAAGGCAUGGCCGCGUUCGGGGACGCCAAACGGCAGAGGAUGGAGGCCGGCGUUCCUCAAUUCACAAUACCACCUUUGGGACCAGGACCGCAUACGGUCGCCACGAUAUUCACCCUCACGGACAAUCCCGGCUUGCAAGUGUUCGAUGCCACACAGUUGCCGGCUAACCUUGCCGCAAAAAUCAGUGUCAGAACGUUGGCCACGCUGGACGAGCGAGUCCUGGAUCUGGCUGUCAGUGGUAUCCGAGAUCGUUUGACUUCGCUCUACGCUGCUGGCGCGGCCGGGGAAGCAGCAACACAACCGGCGUUGAUCAACGCCGCAACAGCGCCAUUAGGCAUCGACGAGGACGACGAUGACUACGAACCGGACCUCACCCCGGCCGAAGACACCGAGCAGAUCCUGAACAAGCUCGACAAUGCCCCUCCGGAAGAGCCAAUCGAGCCGGCCGCCGACGCCGGUGCGGCAAUGACUCUCGGCCCGUUCAAACUCCCGCCUCCGCCCACUGUCGAUCCGGACGUCGCCACCAAGCUCAGCCAGGCAGCAGCCUCUCGCGUGUUUGGGCCAUUGUCGGCCCUUAAAGACGCGGGCAUGGCGCGGAAACCCAAGGCGGGCAUCAACCGGCUGGCAGCGAGCUCGUACGACCGCGACUCCUGGUUGACGCUGAUCACGCGCCUCGCGACCCGCACUACGGCCGGCCUGGAGGACACCCCCAUGGGGAUCAAGUCCGAAGACGCGCUCGACCGUCCACUGGCGUCGCGCGUAUCUCUAGGCGACAGCAUUCGCGAGAUGCUGUACGCCUACAUCCUCGAGGACUGGCGGCGACGCAUAGAGAUCGCCGUCGCUUGGCUCUGCGAGGAGUGGUACAACGACCAGCUGACAAAGCGCAGAAGAGGCGGCAGCGAGGUCAGUCCCGGGGAGCUGCACUACGAGCGGUGGGCGCUGCGGCUAGUGGACGGGUUCCUAAGCUACGUCACGGCGCAGGACAAGGUGCUCACGCGGUUCCUGGCCGAGAUCCCCGGGCUAAGCAAGCCGCUGCUGGGGAAGCUGAAGGCGCUCUGCGCCGACCCCACGACGGUGCAACUUGCGCUGACGAGCCUGUUGUAUCUCGUCAUGAUGCGGCCGCCAGCGAGGGAGAUGGCGCUGGACACGGUGGCGGAGAUUUGGGCCGAAUAUGAGGAUGCACGCCCCUUGGCUGCCAAGUAUCUCGUCAAAUGGCGGCCGGGGUUCAUCGAAUCCCAGACCAGAAGUGCUGGAGAAGGCGAUGCGGCUCAUGCGAACAACAUGGCGAUUGCUACAUGAGACCAAUCAGCUCUGACAAGCCGUAGAUGCUGCGACUGCUACGCUUCGGGGGGGCCAUUGUAUGACAUGGAUGCAUUUAUUUUUUUUUCUAAUCAUAAGGGGCUUGGCAGGGCAAUUUUCUGGCUUUCUGUCUGGGGCGGAAAGAUUCGACUUAGCCAUCAUUCAGCGAGCGAAGGAUCAUGAACGGACUGACGGAUUGGGAUAGCGAAGAAAAAAAAGUACGGAGGGUGGCUCCAUCAAUAGUGUACGGAUGUACAAAGCAUCCUAGGCGGGGCAUGCGACGGGGAGACGCGACACGCCUAAUCGUUGUAUCUCGUUAGUUCCAUCAUUGGCAUCAACCGCCAAAUUGCCGCCAAGCGCCAAUCGCUAGCAUUGGCAACCAGAGUCAACGUGAUCCCGUGAGCUGGGACUUGGUAAAAACAUAAUCAGGACACUC